UCCGAGGAGGUGCCUCUCGAAGAGGCCCUGAGGCUCUUCGGCUGCUCCCCGGACACGGUGGGGGUCAGCCAGGACAGCCCCAGCAGCGGCCCCGUGCCUGGGGAGCUUGGUGGCACCGGCGCAGCCAUGCCCCCCUGCGACUUUGCCUGGCUCUCGCUGCCCGAGGAGCUGCUCACCCCCGACUACAGCGUCCCCGAGAUCACCGGCGCCAUCCUGAGCCUCGAGGAAUUCUACGGCAUCGGGAUGGAGCCCCGGGAGCCGUGGGGGGCUGCGGGGAUGGCCCUGCCACCGUCCCAGGCUGCCGCCUGCGAGAAGCGGGGCAAGAAGCGGGGGCAGAGCGCCUUGCCGAAGCCGGCCAGCAAGCGCAGGGCUCUGGCAGGCAGCACGGGGGUGGCA